AUGCAUAGGUUUUCACCCAGGUUCCAUAGACCCAAUAAGGAAUGCUGCGAAAUUGCCCGGAAGGUGAGUAUUCCAUUGUUUUGCAAGAUUUUCCUUAUACCAGAGACGCAUAUGAUAUUCAGCGCUAGUAAAGUGGUUAUCAUUGCAAAAGAUUGUGGCAAGCCUCUCCGUCGCCAUUCAUGGUGUGGAACCCACUUCGUUCGGAAGGGACCAACGAUUCCACCUAAUGUUCAAAAGGGACCGACGACGACUCUACGGGAAAAUCAAACAUCACCUCAGAAAACCAACUCCAUGCACCCAAGAACGCAAUUCGAGAAUUAA